AUGAGAAUUGUUAUACUGACCGUUUUGGUGGCCUGCGCCAUGGGCAUGGAUUUCGACAUGAAGAAUAUCCAGGGGAUGCUUGGAGGUCUCGGCGGCAUGGGAGGCAUAGGAAACUUGAUGGGACAAGCUAAGGACUUAAUGGCAAACCUUAACAUGGACGAUAUUUCAUCCCUCAUUAAGGAUGUUGAUCCCAAUGAGCUGAAGGGAAUCAUCGAACAUAUGCCCCCACAGUUGAUGGAGAUGGUUGAGGGAAUGGGACUCAGCAAGGAGGAUAUCAGCGAUGCCGCCAAGCACCUUCCAGAGCACAUGGACGAAAUCAAGGGUAUGCUCGGCGAUGUACAGAACGGUAAUGUGCAGAAGGUGUUGAAGGAAGAACUUCAAAGUAUGGGAAUGGAGGUUCCCAAAGAGGAUGAUAUGGCCAGCAUUUUCCAAUCCCUGACUGACCAAGCCAGGGAGAAGAUGGCUCAAUUCGGUCUUGAUCCCGAGGACUUUAAAGAUAUCAAAUCUGCCAUCCCCAAAAUGAUUGGCAACCUCCAAAAGGAACUUAAGAGUCAGGGCAUUGAGAUGGAUGUGGAAGACCCUGAAUCCAUCCAGGGCGUGGUUGAGAAAUUUCUCAAGGAACAUUUUGAAAUCCCAGAAAACGCUAGCCAAGAAGAGAUGAGGGCCAAGGUUAUGGAAAGGAUGAGGGAAUAUAUGGACGAUUUAGGAAUUGAGGUCAAUGAUGAAGAUAUGGAAACACCAGAGAAGGCUAUGGAAAUGCUCAAGAAUAAGUUCGUUUCUACUGCCAACAGCUACGGGUUCGACUUCAAAGAAGGUGCUUCUUUCGAUGAGAUCAAGGAGGCUCUUAUGAGUAAGGUGAAGAAUUCCGGAAUUCUGGAGAACCCCAUGGAAUUCUUGCCCAUGCUUGUUAAGGGACUCUCAAGUUUCGGUGGAAUGGGAAUGGGAAUGGGUGAACAACAACAGCCAAUGCCUCAGAUGCAAAUGGCUCCCCAACAGAUGAUGAUGCAGAGGCAAAUGAUGAUGCAGAGACCGAUGGUGAUGCAGAGAAUGCCAGCCCCCAUGAACAUGAACUUCGAAAUCAACGUUGAUGGCCAGAACUCCUACAGGCCACCAUCUGCCUUCCCUGCUUACUUGCGAGGUGCAGAGGAUGCCCUCAUGCACGCUUAUGGUGAUGACAAAGAGGUUGUCCGUCACGUUAUGACUGUGCAACAAGGAAUAAGCCAUGGCGCUGUAUCCGAGGAAGCCGUCCACGAACUACUCACCGAUCUCAUGCACGCUCGACUCCAGGCCCGUGUCCUUGCCGCCAGGAACCAGAUGCUGGAACAACAGGUCAUGCACGAGCAGUUUGAAGCCCGUAUCCCAGUCAGCAGGAGCCCCUUCCUUAACCAUAUCCGCCACAAGUGCAGGCACGGCAGACGCGCCGAUCUCGAGUAG